AUGAAGAAAAGCCACGAGUCUGAACCAACCAAGACAGCUCGUAGGUCUGUGGUGUGGAUGAUCUUUGCCUUUGUGCUCUUUCUAGGAGUGCCAAUGUUCAUGUACACCACGAGUACCUAUCGUGCUGUCUUGCCAAUUGAGGACUUGAACCAACGCAGACAAGGGUUCGAAGAGGCCAUUCAAAUCAAGGUUCCUAUUUACUUGAAGAGUGAAAAGGAACUUGAUCUUCAGUCUCUCCAAUCCCAGGUUGACCUUGAAUUACAAAGAAAAUGGGAAGUCAAGGGCAACUGGGGUGUGCAGUUGAUUGCCUCGAAAGAUCACACCCCAGAUGCAUUUAAAGACUACGUGGUGGACAUUGCAUUCGACGGCAAGGACAGCCCAUGCUUGUCCCCUAACUCAAAAGCACUGACUAUUCAUGUGAACUGCAACGACUGUGUGAUAAAAGAGUUGAUCAACUUGUUUGAGAUAAUCUUCAAGGAUGAAGUAGAAUUUGUUAUGAACACGAUCAACAACCUCAGCAAAAAGGGGGGACACCACGAGAUAGCAGUCCCACAUGCAUCCACUUACAAUGUUGUCUUCAAUCUUCUUGUGGAGAAUGGCAUUUCGGUAGACUGGGAGAUAGAGGAAGCAGUCUCUACCAUGCAGCCCAUAUUUGACAUUUUCAAGCAUUAUACCAACUUCAAAGUCAGCUCACAGAUCCAAUACUACAGCAAGCUUCACAGUCCUCCAACUUUCGACAAUACUACCAAUCAGUACGUUGUCCCAACAAAGGAUUUGUCUACCUUCAUCAACUAUGGAGACUGGAACUUGAUCACCCAUGACGUGUACCCUACGAUCAACUUCAUUGUCUUUUUUCCCGCAAGUAACCUGAAGGGUCAUCCGCUUGUUUUGGAGCAUUCGAAUACGAACUCAUUCAUAGUUCCUCAGUGGGGUGGUGUCUACAUCUACAACUCUCCCAUGCCAGUUCUAGAGGACUUCACGUAUACCCUCACAAAGGAAAAAUGGACGCCAAUGUUUGAUACAUUUGCUUCUCAACUCCUCGAGCUUAUUGGCUUACCCAAACAGCCAAAAAGUCUACUAAUGAGAAUCGACUCCUUUCACAGGACCAUGGUUGUCAAGAACCUCAAGCAUUUGUUAGAGAACCUUGCUUCCUUGGUGACUCUUUCCGAGUCAUUGAAUGAAAUCUCAGUUCCAGAGUCCACGCGCUCCCACAUGGUGGAGAGUUUACAAUUCUACAAUGAAGCCUUGAUCGGACUUCGAGAAGGAAACUUCGAUUCCGCAGUUGAGGCUUCUGCCAGGGGUUUAGAGAAUUCUGACAAAGCAUUUUUCGAGAAGGAGAUGGUACAACAAGCGUACUUCCCAAGUGAGCACAAACUUGCAGUUUUCUUACCCUUAUUAGGUCCGCUCGGUGCAAUUGUUUUAUUCGGAUUGCUCGGCGUGAUAAAAGAGCAGAGAGAGGAAAAGAAGGAGAAAGAAGAGAAGCUUCAGCAAAAGAAAGAUUCUUAA